UUCAACUCGGCAUUUAAAUUGAGCUGCAGCACCAUCAGUUGCUGCUACAUUCAGCGUCGCGCUGAGACAAGAAGAUAAGCUACUUGUAUUUUUUGUUUUUUGUUUCAUAGCAGUUGGUCCUGAAGAGGAGCUCCUCCGUGUGUUUCGAGGGUCUUCUGUGGGCAGGAGAGCGGGAGCCGUUGAACAGUAACGGCGGUUUGCGCUCUGACAGCAGCUCGGUGCAUCAUUUUUGGGAUUCCUCCGCUUGCCGAUGGACGAAAAUUGAAUAGCGGUCACGUGAGCGGAAUGAUCUAGUUUUCGUUCAUUGAAUAUAGAUUUGGUACGAAAACAAAGUAAUUAUAUGCGAAAUUAUUAUUUAUAUUGGCCCGGGAGCACAAGUGGAGCUGCACUUGGGAGGACCGAUGGACUCGAUGACGAGGGCGCAUUUGAAGGUGAGGAACUCCUCAGCUCCAUCUUUUAUCAUAAGACAAGGACCCCUCAAGGACAUUGCAUACUUGCAGACCUUUCAGGAUCUCUGACACCGUCUACUAAGCAACCAUGUUCAGCUGGCUUGGGACCGACGACAGGAGGAAGAAGGAUCCGGAAGUCUUUCAGACCGUCAGCGAAGGACUCAAGAAGCUCUACAGAACCAAACUCCUGCCGCUGGAGGAGAGCUACAAGUUCCACGAGUUCCACUCGCCGGCUCUGGAGGAUGCGGACUUUGACAACAAGCCCAUGGUCUUACUGGUGGGACAGUACUCCACCGGCAAGACCAGCUUCAUACGCUACCUGUUGGAGCAGGAUUUCCCCGGCAUGCGGAUCGGCCCCGAACCCACCACGGAUUCCUUCAUCGCGGUGAUGCACGGCGACACCGAAGGAAUCAUCCCCGGCAACGCUUUGGUGGUCGACCCCAAGAAGCCCUUCAGAAAGCUCAACGCGUUUGGAAACGCAUUCCUCAACAGGUUUGUGUGUGCCCAGCUGCCUAACCCGGUGCUGGAAAGCAUCAGCGUGAUUGACACACCAGGAAUUCUGUCAGGAGAGAAACAGAGACUAAGUCGAGGCUACGACUUCGCCGCCGUCUUGGAGUGGUUCGCAGAGCGAGUGGACCGGAUCAUAUUACUGUUUGACGCCCACAAACUGGACAUCUCCGAUGAGUUCUCCGAUGUGAUCAAAGCCCUGAAGAACCACGAAGACAAGAUCAGGGUUGUGCUGAACAAGGCGGACCAGAUAGAGACCCAGCAGCUGAUGAGAGUGUACGGAGCCCUGAUGUGGUCACUGGGGAAAAUCGUCAACACCCCUGAGGUGAUCCGCGUCUACAUCGGGUCGUUCUGGUCCCACCCGCUGUUGAUCCCAGACAACAGGAAGCUGUUCGAAGCGGAGGAGCAGGAUCUGUUCAAGGACAUCCAGUCUUUGCCGAGGAACGCGGCGCUCCGAAAACUCAACGAUCUGAUCAAGAGGGCGAGACUGGCCAAGGUCCACGCCUACAUCAUCAGCGCUCUGAAGAAAGAGAUGCCCGCCGUGUUCGGGAAGGAGAACAAGAAGAAGGAACUCAUCGGCAGCCUCGGAGAGAUCUACAAACGCAUCGAACGAGAGCAUCAGAUAUCGCCCGGAGACUUUCCCAAUCUGAAGAAGAUGCAGGAUCAGCUCAAUUCUCAGGAUCUCAACAAAUUCCAGCCUCUGAAGCUGAAGCUCCUGGAGGCGGUGGACGACAUGCUGUGCCACGACAUCGCCGGCCUAAUGGAGCUGGUGCGCCAGGAAGAGAACCAGCGGCCCAACCCGGUGGUGAAGGGCGGCGCGUUCGACAGCACGUCGGACGGCCCGUUCGGCCACGGCUACGGCGAGGGGGCCGGCGAAGGCAUCGACGACGCCGAGUGGGUCGUCGUCCGAGACAAGCCGGCCUACGACGAGAUCUUCUACACGCUGUCGCCGGUCAACGGCAAGGUGACCGGCGCCAACGCCAAGAGGGAGAUGGUGAAGUCGAAGCUGCCCAACACGGUGCUGGGGAAGGUGUGGAAGCUGGCCGACAUCGAUAAGGACGGGAUGCUCGACGACGAGGAGUUCGCGUUGGCCAACCACCUGAUCAAAGUGAAACUGGAGGGCCACGAGCUGCCGUCGGAGCUGCCCGCACACCUGGUGCCUCCUUCCAAGAGGAAAAUACCAGAGUAAAUGUAAGAUUGCGUCACACCCUCACCCCAAAAACCUGUAGGUAGACCUACCCCCAAUUAACAUAAUACUCCUGUAGCGUUAUAGCAAAAAUAUUUGACCCCAUUUCCAUCUCCUGUUCCCGCUCUACGGCCGUCAUCCACACAUCCGCAGUCUUUAGGAGGCAAAUAUUACAACAAAGUAUGCAGUUAAACGGCAAUAAAAAAAUAAAGAUCAAUAGUUAUUGCUAAUGUGCUGUCGGCGUGUGGAUUCAAAUGGCUUUUUACCAGAGAAGAACAUCUGUAUGAGACAUCAAGAAGGGUCCUCUUUUCUAUAUGAGCUGUUAGGCUGACCAGGUGUUAGAGAUGUUAACUGGUACAGUUAUUAGUAAAGAAAAAAAUCUAAAGCGAGAAAACACUGGAGUACAGGAGAAUGUGAGGUGACCCAAAUUACUGGAAGAAAAUGGGAGAAAUGUGAAGACAAAAAAAACAAAAAUGGGAGAGAUGCGACGAUGUGAAGAGAAAAGAAAAGAAAGGAGAUCGCGAUAUAAAAAUGCUGAAUAUUAUUGUAUCGUCUUUAAUCGAUAGAGAAGACGUAUGUUUGUCUGCAGUAUUUUCCACAAUAAAACGUGUCACGGUAUCUCGAGAUGCUGCCUUAAUUUGGGCUUCCCGGCACCACUGACUAUUCUGGCUUUUGUUUUCGUGGCGACGUCAUAAACGGCUUCGAGGAUUUCCUGUCUGGUCACUUGAGAACACACACACACACACACGAAUGAAGACAGAGACACCUCACAUUAUUAUAAAUAGAAAAUGCCAAGUGGUUUGUCUCUUAUGAUUUAUGCAUUGUUCUAAUUAUCAUUAACAUGUUUGGAGAUGCUGUGACUGUAUGGACCUGGACAACGAGGUAUGGUUUGACGUGUGAAGACAUCCUCAGCAUAAAUGUGUCAGACGGACUCUGAAUGUUGAGUGUGUUGACCUCCUGUGUGUGUCUGUGUGUGUGUGUGCAUACGGCCACGUGUAUCAGUGUUAGUGUUCGUAACGCGUGUGGAGUCUUGAGAAGGAUCGGUUGUUCACCUUGUGAAGGUGAUGUCAUGUAACCUCACCUGGCAGAGUGGAGGCUCAGCUGUUUGCUUCUUUUUGUGAUAACAAAACACUAAUCAACACUUUUUUUUAAUGUAUGAAAAUGUGGCUUUACAACAUGUCUAAAGUGUAUCCAUGUAAUUUGAUUCACUGCAGCUGUGUGUGUGUACAUGUACAUAUAUACAUAUGUUUAUAUAAAUAUGUAUAUAUAUACAUGUAUGUGUGUAUAUAUACAAAACAGUUUGGGAAAUAUCCACAUCAUCACUUGCUCAUAUUUCACAGAACAAAUCGCCAGAGUAAAUAUAACAAGGAUAACUCGUUGGAUGAGGAUCUGCAAAACAAAGUCCUUGAUAUUCCCAAGUUGUUUUCAUUCCCUGACAGAUUGCACCAUGAAGUCCUGUGUCCUGGUAAAUACUCCAUCUUUUCUUUAUUUAAGAUGGUCACGCACUGCUAAAUCUGUACUUCACUGCUUUAGCUGUCGACACUAACAACAGUUCAAAAGUGUAAUAAAAAUUAAUUUACUCUA